AUGAAUUAACCUUAUCUUCAUCCGGCACAACAAAUUAAUUAGGACUCUGCUCCCAAAGAAACCCUUUAUGUCACUGGAUUAAAUGAUAAAAUCAAAUUGGAAGACUUAAAAUUUGUGUUAUACAUUCUCUUCUCUCAAUUUGGAGAAGUCUUAUAGAUUGUAAUGAAAAAAACAUAAAAAUUAAGAGGUCAAGCCUUUAUUGUAUUUUAAAAUAUUACUUAUGCCACCAAUGCCAAAUCAGCCUUGACUGGAAUGAUGGUCUAUGACAAACCACUAAUUAUUGAAUUUGCAUACAAGAAGAGUGUUAUUUUUGAUAGGAUGGAAGGCAAAUUUUAUUACAAAUAGAAACAACAAAAGGAAUUACAACCAACCUUGCCAACAGAGUUGGUAAAGGAGAAGAAAUAAAAAAAAUUAGAAGAUAAAUUAAAUAACAAUCCUGUUUUCAAUUAAGGAGAAGUUAAUAAUGUGUUAUUGAUAGAAUCAUUACCCCCAUUUGUCACCGAAAUUAUGUUAUCAGAGUUAUUUAGACAAUAUCCUGGUUAUUCUUUAAUCAAAUUAAUAAGUGCAAGAGGCUUGGCCUUUGUUGAAUAUUAAAAUGAUGACCAAGCUACUGUAGCAUUGAAAGGUCUGAACAAUUUUAAAGUAACUCCAGAAUGUUAACUCAAAGUAAAAUAUGCAAAAAAAUGA